UGUCCAUCGCAGCAAUGUUUGAAUUGCGCUCGAAGUUUUAAUGGAAAAAAAAACGAUAACUUUCAAUUAGUCUUUUAAAAAAUGAUUUACGAUACUGUAAGUAACGACUCUCCUAGAGAACUUCCAAAAUCGAGACUACCAACUCUUUACAAAUACAUACAAGAGUAUGAAAAUGCAUUUACUGAAACCCUCAAAGAAGUUGUGGCUAUUCAAUCCAUAUCGCAGCAAUCAGAUUGUUUCUCCAAUAUCGUAAAAAUGUUAAAUUUAUGUGAGAAGAAACUGAAAGACCUCGGUGCAAUCGUAGAAAUAGUCGAAAACAACGACAUUGUUAACAGGAAGAAGCUACCACCAGUCCUUUUUGGAAAUUUAUUCACUGACGCCGAUCUCAAAACCGUCUGUGUUUACGGAUACGUAGAUACACUACCAGCUAAGAAAUCCGAUGGCUGGGAAACAGAACCGUUUAAUUUAAUCGAGAAAAAUGGAAGACUAUAUGGCCGUGGUGCAUCAGAUAAUAAAGGACCCCUUCUGUGUUGGCUACAUGCCCUGGAAAUCUAUAAAACAACUAAAAAUGAUAUCCCCGUUAACAUUAAAUUUGUCAUAGAAGGUUCUGCAAAAUUAAGGAGUCACGGUUUAGACAACAUUUUGGUUACCAAGAGAGAGUUCUUCGAAGAUGUGGAUUUCAUGUGCCUGACUGUUGAUAAAACGUCUCAGGAAGUACCUUGCCUAAAAUAUGGUUUCAGGGGAGUAUCUCACUUCAGUCUGGAAGUAAUCUGUGCAGAGAGGAGUAUCCAUAGUGGUAUUUAUGGUGGUGCCUUCAAUCAACCUCUUAUCGAUGCUGUAAAUAUUCUUAGUUCCUUGGUAGACAAAAAUGGCAAAAUAGCUGUAUCUGAGAUACUUAGGGACGUGCAAGAUAUAUCGCACAGAGAAGAGAGUAUUAUUAGAGACAUUCCCUUCGAUGUUGCUAAGAUCAAACAGAAGCUUGGUACUACACACUUGAGACACAAAGAAAAACCAAUAAGAGUGAUUAUGCACAAAACAAAAUUGCCCAGCGUCAGUUUUCAUGGAUUCAAAAUGGAAUUUGAGUCAGUCAAUAAAAGAAGUCAUGCUGUUGUACCUAACAAGUGCCUGAAAAUUAUUUAUGAUUUUUCUUUAUCUUUUUAUACAAGAAAAUUUUCAGCUCUAUUAACCAAUCUUAUUGUACUGAUCACUUUUAGAGUAGUUGGGAAAUUUUCUGUUCGCUUGGUUACAAAUCAAACUGCCAUAGAAACUUUUGGACAUCUUGAUAAUUACAUUAGAAAAAUUUGGCAGCAGUGCAAAAGUACAAAUCAAUACAAGUUUCAAAUGGAUUUUGGUAUAAAUCCUUGGCAAGAAGAUCCUUGUGAUUCUCAUUAUUGUGCUGCUGCGAAGGCAAUUGAAUUGGUUUAUGGUGUAAAACCUAUGUAUCUUUGUGAAGGAUCAACUAUGCCUUGUAUAGCCAUGUUUAAAUCUAUAUCUCCAAAUAGCAAUUUAAUAGUACUCCCAAUCGGAGAGUAUGACAGUGUUCCCGAUUCGUGCAAGGAAUCAAUUUCUAAAAUUAGCUACCUAAAUGGCAUAAAACUUGUCAUGGCAUAUUUAUGUUACAUAAAUGAAAUAAAAUAACUUACUGUAAUUCACA